AUGGCGACCCGAUAUUCGCUGCGGCAGACUCCAAAAAAGAAGGAGCUCUUCGAAGGCCUGGUUGAAACACCAAAGAAGAAGUCUUCGCGCGCUCGCCAAUCUUCACAGACUCCCGAAGCCUCCGUCGUGGAAGACUCUGCCGAGCCCGCCGCCCCUCACGAACGCAUCACCCGCCGUCGAACCGCCAAGUUCAUCGAGAACUUGGAUGAAGACGACGUUAAGCCAAUCAAUGGCGCUGCCAACGGUCACGCAAAUGGCCAUACCAACGGCAAUGCCAACGGCCAUGCCAAUGGACAUAGCAACGGAUACGCCAACGGCUCGUCAGGCGCUGUGCCAAACGGAAAGGGUGCGAACGGAACUUCCGCGGAAAGCCAUGUGGUGGACGGUUGGAGGCCCGGUCAGGACCCCAAGGUCGACUACUCGGGCGAGUUUGAAUUCGGUGGCUCGAUAGGCACCGGAUUUAUGAUGCUCUUCUUCCCAGUCCUCAUGUGGUACAUGUGGGUUGGUGCCACGUACUAUGGUGGCAAGUUCCCCUACCGCACUCCUGGCCAGAGCUGGGCUGAGUUUGGAACUCACCUGGUCGACCUCGUCUGGACCGGUGCAUUCCCCCACUCAAAGGCGUGGAUUUGGUACUGGAGUUACCUCAUCUUCGAGGGUGCAUGCUACUGUCUUCUUCCCGGCGUCUGGGGCAAGGGCAAGCCUCUUCCCCACGAGGGCGGCAAGCAGCUCGACUACUUUUGCAACGCCUAUGUCAGCUUGUACACCACGUUCGCCGUCCUUGGUGCCCUGCAUUUCUCCGGCAUCUGGCCGCUCUACACGGCCCUCGACGAGUUUGGCCCUCUGCUGUCUGUGGCCAUUUGCAGCGGCUUCAUCGUCAGCUUCAUCGCUUACUUCUCCGCUCUGUGGAGGGGCAAGCAGCACCGCAUGACCGGCUACCCCAUCUACGAUUUCUUCAUGGGCGCUGAGCUGAACCCUCGUAUGUUUGGCAUCCUUGAUUUCAAGAUGUUCUUCGAGGUUCGCAUGCCCUGGUACUUCCUUCUUAUUUUGAGUCUCGGUGCCGCCGCGCGUCAGUAUGAGCAGUACGGCUACGUUUCUGGCGAGGUCAUGUUCCUCGUUAUGGCACACUACCUCUAUGCCAACGCUUGCGCCAAGGGCGAGGAGCUCAUCAUUACUACUUGGGACAUGUACUAUGAGAAAUGGGGCUUCAUGCUCAUCUUCUGGAACCUUGCCGGUGUUCCUCUGUCUUACUGCCACUGCACUCUCUACCUGGCUAACCACGAUCCCGCCACCUACCGCUGGAACCGCUACGCGCUGGUUGCCAUGUACGGUGCCUACCUUUUCUGGUACUGGGUGUGGGACAGCUGCAACAGCCAGAAGAACCGCUUCCGCGCCAUGGAGAAGGGAAACCUCAUCAAGCGCAAGACGUUCCCUCAGGUCCCAUGGCAAACCAUCAAGAACCCCAAGACCAUCAAGACUCCUCAGGGCACCAUCCUUGUCGACGGCUGGUAUGGUCUUGCUCGCAAGAUCCACUACACCUCUGAUCUUUGGUUCUCCGUCUCCUGGGGUCUGAUCACUGGCUUCGAGAGUCCCUUCCCCUGGUUCUACCCCGUCUUCUUCGGAUGCAUGAUUGCUCACCGCGCGUGGCGAGACAUCACCCGCUGCCGCGCCAAAUACGGCGAAGCGUGGCUCGAAUAUGAACGACAGGUUCCCUAUCUCUUCAUUCCCUACGUCAUUUAA